AUGUCGGGCACCACCGAGGGCGGGCAUGCGAACGUGGGAGGCGGCUUUGACCUGCUUCGGCGAGCCACGCAGGCCAUGAUGUCAAAAACCGCCGCCACCGACGAAGAUGGCGUGGACCACAUUGGCUCCGACACGCCACGCUCGGGCAUCGCCACUCCUCAGCCAGACCUUCAGGACAAACGUCUGCCCGGCAUCAUGAGCUACUUCGGCCAGAGCGGUCCGCCGACUCCCACGAGAGCACUGUCCGCUGCUCACUCGUCGCAAUCAGAAGGCAAGGAGACGCCUAGUCGAACCAGCAACGACGGCGUCGAUGCGAGCGGAUUGCAGACGCCGCGGAGUGCCACCGGCGCUCAGGCUCCGGCGCCAAAGGGGAAAUUGAGGAUUAAGAUCACCGAGGCGCGAGGGCUGCGUAGGAGCCGCGACCCGUACGUCGUCGCCGUCUUCCAGCGGAGCGAGCUCAUCUCGGGCGGGCCGCGGCCUGCCGAGGAAGACGAAAUCCCCAACGCGCCGCCGUCGGCCUUUGGCGGCAUCCCAAUACAACGCCAAGGCAGCGACUCUGGCCGCCCAAUGGCCAUUCCCAUGCGAAGUCGCCAGAGUAGCAACACGAGCAUCACCGACUACAACACUUUCCGAAACCGAACACCUCGCACCCAGUUCCUGAACCCGAAAUGGGAUGCCGAAGCUGUCUAUGACGUUGUAGAUUCCAACAUGCUGGUCGACAUAUCCGUAUACGAUCACUCGGCCGUGGGCGAAGAAUUCCUGGGACACGUCGGCUUUCAGGCUACCAGAGAUCACGACGGCCCCGUCAAGGGCUGGUUUACGCUGCGGGGCCAUGCAGACACAGUGGCCGAGAACGCCCCGACCGGCGAGAUAUACGUUGAGGCCUUGUAUCAGCGGUCGGAGAGAAAACAGUUCGGCCCAAGCGAUUUCGAAAUCCUCAAGCUCAUUGGCAAAGGGACGUUUGGCCAAGUCUACCAAGUACGGAAGAGGGACACGCAGCGCAUCUAUGCCAUGAAGGUGCUGCAGAAGAAGGUGAUUGUGCAGAAGAAGGAGGUCGCGCACACGGUCGGAGAGCGCAACAUUCUCGUGCGGACGGCCAUGUCCGAUUCGCCCUUCAUCGUCGGCCUCAAGUUUUCUUUCCAGACGCCAUCUGAGCUGUACCUGGUGACCGACUACAUGUCCGGCGGAGAGCUGUUCUGGCACUUGCAAAAAGAAGGCCGCUUCGACGAGCGGCGCGCCAAGUUUUACAUUGCCGAAUUAAUCUUAGCCAUCCAGCAUCUACACAACAACGAUAUUGUCUACCGCGACCUCAAACCAGAAAAUAUACUCUUGGACGCCAACGGCCACAUUGCGCUGUGUGACUUUGGGCUAUCCAAGGCAAACUUGACCAAGAACGACACGACCAACACAUUCUGUGGGACGACCGAGUAUCUGGCGCCAGAGGUGCUGUUGGAUGAGUCGGGGUACACCAAGAUGGUUGACUUCUGGUCCUUGGGCGUGCUGGUGUUUGAGAUGUGCUGCGGCUGGAGCCCGUUCUACGCCGAGGACACGCAACAAAUGUACAAGAAUAUUGCUUUCGGCAAAGUCCGGUUCCCUCGCGACACCCUCUCACAAGAAGGCCGAAAUUUCGUCAAGGGGUUACUUAACAGAAACCCCAAGCACAGGCUGGGGGCGACGGAUGACGCCGAAGAGCUCAAGCGACAUGCCUUCUUCGCCGACAUCGAUUGGGAAAUCUUGGCAAAGAAGCUCAUCACGCCCCCCUUCAGGCCAAAGCUCAAAUCCGAGACAGACGUUUCCUACUUCGAUCCCGAGUUCACCAACGCGUUGGAUCAGAACGGGUCACUUAACGAGCGCGCAGCGGCGCUGGCACGGGGCUACGCGACAUCCACGCCUCUGUCUCCGUCGGUCCAAGCCAACUUCCAGGGCUUCACCUUUGUCGACGAAAGCGCGCUCGAUGACCACAUGAGGGAUCGGAUCAGGCAUGACGACGAGGAAAUGAACGAUGCGCACGCGAAUCACGACGACGAAGAUUGGGACAACUUGGACGACAUUGAUCUACGCAAGGCAAACCGUAUGAGUGGCAUCAUCAAAACGUCAACGGCGGAUGAGCAAAUGGUCGGCGGCUCACACUUUGACGUAUAG